UUCUACUCAUGUAAAAACACGCUGAUUCCCGGACCGUCUGCUGGCAGGAUUUCGAAGGCGAUUGGGCCGGAUCCGGCCCCUGGGCCUUAGUUUGCCUACCCAUGCUCUUGACAAAUCUUAGUUCAGGUUUUAAUCUCCCUUUGAAGUUCAUUGGUUCAAGGAUGACCACUUUAGUUAUACAGUGGCCAAGGAGGUUGAUGUAUUCGGAUUUAUGGAUAUUGCUGGUGUCAGAUUUGUGUACUCUUUUGCAUAUAGAGUCUGGCCUGUUUGUGAUAUGUCAUAUGAAGAAAGGAAAUUAAUUUCCGACUGAUAGUGGAAUAUACACAUUAGAAGCUAAUCUCCCGGGCAGAGAAGUCUUUCCUGGUUCCUCAUCCUUUCUGGAGAUGCCAGCGAUUGAACCUGGAACCACCUGCAUGCAGAACAUAAAGCAUUACAACGGAUGCUCCUGAUGAAUAGAAGAAGCUGCCACAUACCAGGUUCCCCACCGUCCUCAAACCGCCAUGCUGGCUCUCAGAUAUUUCCAGCAGAGCUGGAGGUGAGCGCAGCAUGAGUUAGCCGCUGCCGACGCCUCCGGCCAGGAUGACCAAAGCACGCCUCUUCCGCCUCUCGGUGGUGCUGGGCUCCAUCUUCAUGAUCCUGCUGAUCAUUGUCUACUGGGACAACGUGGGGACGGCCCACUUCUACUUGCACACGACCUUCUCCAGGCCUCACGGGGUCCUCCCCACCGUGGCCAAGGACGGAGGCCAAGACUCAAUCUCGGACGUCGACGAGUUCUUGGAGAAGCUCCUGAGCUCUGACCUGAAACGCGAUGUGGGUCUCGGUCAGAAGACGGAGCCACCUGCCCCACACGCCUCCGCGAGGCCCGUUGCCGGCAACUUGGAGGAGAACGUGAGGGGCUACGACUGGUCCACUCGUGACGCCGGCGCGAUCUUGGACCAGGAGCAGCUGCAGGCGGAGCGGCGCCGGACGCUGAGGGAGCUGUGCGCCAACUCCAGCUUCGCCUUCCCCACCAAGGAGCGCUCCUUUGACGACAUCCCCAACUACGAGCUGAACCACCUCAUCGUGGACGACCGACACGGCGUCAUCUACUGCUACGUCCCCAAAGUGGCCUGCACCAACUGGAAGCGGGUGAUGAUCGUGCUGAGCGAGAGCCUGAUGGACCAGGGCGUGCCGUACGCAGACCCCUUGGACAUCCCCCGCGAGCACGUCCACAACACCAGCACCCACUUCACCUUCAACAAGUUCUGGCGCCGCUACGGCAAGUUCUCCCGCCACCUCAUGAAGAUCAAGCUGAAGAAGUACACCAAGUUCCUCUUCGUCCGAGACCCUUUCGUGAGGCUCAUCUCGGCCUUCCGCAGCAAGUUUGAGCUGGAGAACGAGGAGUUCUACCGCCGGUUUGCCAUCCCAAUGCUGAAACUUUACUCCAACCACACCAGCCUGCCGACCUCGGUGAGCGAUGCCUUCGAGGCGGGCCUCAGGGUCUCCUUCUCGGACUUCAUCCAGUACCUCCUGGACCCCCGGACUGAGAAGCUGGCCCCGUUCAACGAGCAUUGGAGGCAGGUGUACCGCCUCUGCCACCCGUGCCAGAUCGAGUACGACUUUGUGGGCAAGCUGGAGACUUUGGAUGAGGACGCAGCUCACCUGCUGCAGCUUCUGAAGGUGGAACACCUUCUUCGCUUCCCUCCCAGCUACCGGAACAGGACAGCCAGCAGCUGGGAGGACGACUGGUUUGCCAAAAUCCCCGUGGCCUGGAGGCGGCAGCUGUACAAGCUGUACGAAGCAGACUUCGUCCUUUUCGGUUACCCCAAGCCAGAAAGCUUGCUUCAGAACUGAGCAAGGCAGAACGGAGGGAAAGAGAGCAUUUGAAAUACCAAAAGAUCUCCUCUUCUUUUUCCAGAGCCCUUCUGUUGACAUAACACAAGUGCAACUUUUUUCUAUAGUCUUUUUAAAAAAACAAAACAAAACCACCCCAUUGCUCGGACGCAUGAAAUCUCCCAUUGCAGGAAGAGUUUCCCCUUCCUCUCGUUCCAAUUCAUUUUAUGAAAUGUACCUUUUUUUUUUUGUUUUUCUGUUAGGAUAUAAGUUUGUCCACUCCACCAGCUGUAUUCUUUCAGGUGCUUUUUAUUAAUGCAUUUUUUUAAUUAAAAGAGAGCACGAGAAAGAGAGAAUAUUAAUAUAUUAAAAUAUUUAAUACAAA